GCAGGCCCUUUCCUCCCCUUUUUUGCUCGUCUGCCUGGGCAUGGGCGCCGUCCGUCCGCUGGCAGACCCUCAGUGAUUGUGUGUGCAUGUUAGCUGUGCUGCUGCACCAUUACAGAACUGGCCAUCAGAACCCGCAGAUUCGCUAUCCUCACACAGAGUCUCCCCGCUUUGGUUUGUGAAGGCAGGCGUUCACAUCAACCUUCGCCAUUGGGCUUGCAGAGAUUCAGACACGGCAGCGUGUCUCUCUGUUGUGCCUAUUCUUGGUGGUAUGUCCUCAUGGUCUGUUGUGUUUGGAUACCCUGACAACUAGAAGCUGUGAGCUAACCACUUUCCAGCCUGCCUCCUCUCUGAGUUGCCAGUGACAUGAUGCCCAAGAGGGAUCAUGAGAGGGAUCUGGAGCUGGACAAGAAGAUUGAGGCUCUCCGCAGGAAAAAUGAAGCACUCAUGAAGAGGUACAAGGAGGUGGAGGAGGACAGGAAAAGGGCAGAAGAGGAAGGAAUGGCACUGCAGAGCCGAAAGGGCAAAGCUGAUGAUCUUACCAUCACGAUCAACAAGUCCACCAAUGAUAGUCGUGUGGUGGUGACAAAACAGUUCAGCAGUGGCUCAUCAGCUGCGAAAGGACAGCAGGAGGCUGGACCUGAUAGAGGGGGAGAAGGCCCAGUUCAAGGUGCUGGGCGAGGCCACAGGAAACAGCUAACGGUCACCAUGGCUGGCAAAAAGGGUAAGAGGGUGGUGAGUGAGAUGCCAGAGAAGAGACCAGGCCCUGCAGACAUCAAGAACCCCACGGAUGACGGACAGGCGAGGCAUGUGGAGUCAGCUGGGAGGGGGAAGCAACCAGUUCACAUGACCAAGAGAGACGCAGCAGCAGCACAGGAAGAGACUAAAAAAGGGCAGAAGAACACAGAGGAGAAACAGAAGGCAUCAGCACAAUACCAGGAGCCUGAGAACCCACAGGCCAUUACAGACCUCAACAUCCCCACAUCAAGGGAGGAGCAGGAAGAGUAUCUGAGGUGGAAGAAAGAGCGUGAGCAGAUUGACAGGGAAAGGGUGGCGCGCCAUAAAAAUGCUAAAGGCCAGUGGAGACGGGCUUGGGACAUGGAUAAAACAGAGAACAUGUUUUUAGACAAAUCCCUCCCUGACAGAGACUGGGGGCCUUCGAGCAGAGGUGGGAGAAACACAAGAAAAGGACAACAGAAGGGUGGUAAUGACUCCAGAGGUCAUGACAAGCGAGGCAAAACCAAGGCAGCUAAAAAUGUGCUUGUGAUUAGCAGCAAAGCGAAAGGCAAAGAUCGUCUGACUGGGAGGGCCAGGAGAUGGCAAACAAAUGACGAUGAAGAAAAUCCACAGACUUCUGACACAACGCUGGAUGAAUUCCUUGAAGAACUUGAUGCCCUCACAGAGGCUGAUAGAGAGGAUCUGGGUGACCAGGAUUCAAAAGCAAAGUCCUCACCCAGCCCAAAUUCACUGAGUGCACCUGAAGAAGAGUGUGGGUCAGCGAUUCUGGUGUCAGGUGACAGUUUGAGAGAGGAUGACUUCACUCUGUCAGAAGCUUCAUCCCCUCGGGGUUCGGAGAAGAAAGUGCGUUUCUCAGAGGAACUCAUCCAGAAAGAACCUGCAAAACAAGACAGUGUCAGUUCUGAGCCCAGAGGUUCUUUAAAACCUCUCUCACCAAAAAAGAGCAAGCAAGAAGUUCAGAGAGCACAGCAGCCUGGUGAAAGUGCCGAGCAGGAUGAUCCCAGUUCUCAGGAUAAAGGAGGUGGUCCCUCUGCUUCUCCUGCUGCCCAGCAGCAGGCAUCUGAAACUGAACUCACUAAAAAACACAGCAACCUCCACACAUCUCCCACCUCCCCCCAUGCUGAAAAAGCUUGUGCCUCUCUACAGGAGAGCUCUGUCCAGCCUGUAGAGCUGCCCAAGUGCAAUGUUAGCAACACAAACACAGAAGAACUAAUAGACUCUGGUCUGUCUGUCCUGAGCCUGGAGUCAGGAGAAGCACACCCAACACUAUCCACCAGCAGUGACAAGGCUAAAGAGCAUGGGAAGAUUGUUUGAUGACUUUGGAAUGUAAAUACUAAAACCAAAACACAUUGUUUGGAUGCUUUUUGCUUUUGUGGCUUACAAGCAAAACUGUGGUUUCAUUUUGUGGAAACGUGCCCCUCCUGUUGAAUCUAAAAUUCUGACACAAGGAUGGGAAGUCCUUUUGAACGAUUCCAGUCUCCAAUAUUGUCACAUCCAAGCACUUUAUUAGUAUACAAGUCUGUGUACUGAUACGUUCUUCAGUUUGUUAGUAUGCUGCUUGAGUGCAAUAUCAUUGAAUGUUUACAUUUUUAUCAAGUUUUUAAGGUACAUAUCAAGAGGCUAGCUAAUCAGUUAAAUUUAGGUAGCCCUUGAAAAUAAACUAAGCCACAGUCAAAUUAUCUAGUGCCUGCUUCUGCCUUAGAGGUAUUUUGAAUAAAGUCUUUACUAUUUAGGUGCACAAACGUAGUAGAGUGCAUUUCUGCACUUAAAACUGUCUAAAUAGAUUUUAUUUAUUAAUUGUUGUUAAUAUCUGUCAGUGACUUCUCACAAAUAAAAAAUCACUGCAUUCUUAAAGCGCACAUUUGGGCCAAUGACCAGGACACAGUUUCUUAAAGUUUCCAAAACCUUCUACUGAUAUAAAACUUUCUUUUACUAAGAACAUUUAAAGGGGAACUCCAGUUUUUGGACAUGUCAAGUUCAGCUUCCUCACAGGAUGGCUGUUUUGUGUCUCCUUCGGUUGCAUGCUGCAUUGGAUUGCUAACAAGGAGUCCUCUUCAAGAACAAGUGAAGAAAAAAUCCCACAAGAAGUAUUACAUAACACAAGGUUUCUAAACCCCAGCUAUCCCAAAUUAACAGCAGCUGUACUUACUUAAUAAAGCUAAUACAAAGUGUUUUGUAAGUUUUUAGCUAAUUGUUUUACAUUUAAGUGAGCUAACAAGCACCAAGAGACAGUUGUCCUUUUUAUUCACUUUAUGCAUCAACAGUUUGAGCUCAGAAUUU